ACAGAACAUAAAACACAAGGAAGAGCCUGGCAGCUGUAUAAAACUCCCUCUGAGCUCCAGUCUCCACAGAAGUUCACCAGCCCCAGCAAGCAGCAUGACCAGCCAGUCUCAGGGAAUCCAGCAGCUUUUGCAGGCAGAAAAACGUGCCAAGGACAAACUGGAGGAAGCCAAAAAAAGAAAGGGUAAAAGGCUGAAGCAGGCCAAGGAAGAAGCCACAGCUGAGAUAGACCACUACAGACUACAGAGGGAGAAGGAAUUUAGAAACAAGGAAACAAGCGUAAUGGGCUCCCAAGGUAACCUCUCUGCCAAAAUAGAAGAGCAAACAACAGAAGCCAUCCGAAACCUCACAAGCAGCUACCACAGGAACAUGGAGAGCAUGAUGAAAAAGCUCUUGGGCACAAUAUUUGACAUCAGCCCUGAAAUUCACCCAAACUUCAGACCUGCAGUUUAAGAUUGACUGACGUGCUGUGUUUGCAAAGCAAAGUAGCCUUCUUUCUUGAUAAGCAUAAAUACUUCCUCAUGUAUUGUUUCUGUAGAUGUGAGAAAAAAAGAGCACUGAAGCCAAAAGCACACAAUUUCACACAGGCUUUUGAUGUGACAGGAAUUAUACAGGGUUUUACAAGCAUUUGUUGGAAUAUUAUUUCCUGUAGCUAAGCCCCUGUCAUUUAGGCAGGGGCAAGUCAACAACAGCAAAAUAAAUGAUUAUUUGACACCAGCAGGUUUUCAGUGGGAGUCUUUGUUCCUUUUGUCUUAUAAAAUUUUCUGUACUUGGAUGCUGUGCUGCAUAAGGUCUGUUUAUCCUAAUCUUUACUGUACUUCAAGUCACGUGAAAUAGAAUAUCACAAAAAACUAAAA